GAUGUGGAGUUGUAGAAUUCAAAGAUACAAUUACAGUAAACAACGUAGUUAGUAAAACUCAUAUUUUGGAAAGCAACAAACUGUAUGUUAUAAAAAGUUCCAUUAGUCGAUACUCAGAGUAAGGUAAAAAAAACCUUCACAAUGUGUCUUGAAGAAACAUUCAAUAAAGCUGCAAGUUAUUUACAAACAUUGGCAUCAGAAUUAAAUACAAAUGAACUCCUUAGAUUCUAUGCUUUAUACAAGCAGGCUACAGUUGGACCUUGUAACAUUCCAAAGCCUACUUGGUAUCAAGUGCAAGCUAGACAAAAAUGGGAAGCAUGGAAAAAUCUUAAUGAUAUGAGUCAUGACGAUGCUAUGAAUAAUUAUAUACUAGAGUUAACCAACAUAAGUCCUACCUGGGAAGAAGAUGCAAAGUCUGAAACACAUGGUUGGGUUGCUAUUAGUCGUUUAAUAAACACAGAAGAAGAAAUAAAUGAUAUUGACAAAACCUUGUUGGAUUGGAUAAAAGAAGGUCAUGAAGAAAAAGUGCAAGAAUUGUUGGACAAAGAAGCAAAACUUGUAAAUGUAACAGAUACAGAAGGUUUAUUACCGAUACAUUGGGCUGCGGAUCGUGGUUAUGCAAAAAUCAUAGAACUCUUAAUUAAGAAAGGAGCAGAUGUAAAUUCACAAGAUGCAGAUGGACAAACCCCAUUACAUUAUGCAGCAUCAUGCGGGCAUAUUGAUGUUGUAAAAUAUUUACUUUCUAAUGGAGCUCUAUCUAUAGAAGAUAAUAAUGGUAUGAAACCCGAAAAUGUUGCUGAUGUUAGUACACUAACAUAUUUACUCAGUAUGUAAUAGUACUAGCUAAAUUUAUUUGUGUAUAUUAAUAAAUUGAAUUGACAAUUUUUUAAUGGAAUUUAUGGUAUGUAUUUUAUUAAAACUUCAUUGUUUUUAUAAAUUCUUUAUUUAUAUACAAAUAGAUUUUCCAACAGUUUUCAUUACAUUCACAGCCUAAGCACUCCUUAGGUAAAUGCGCAACUUGUCACAAAGUUAAUUUAAAAAAUCUUUACAUAUCAGAGUUGUUACCUAUUACAAGAUAUAAAUACUAUCUGUUUAAUGUAACUGAAUGCAUGGAGAAUACUGUAUUUUUUUUACAAAUAUUUUCAAGUUAACAAAUGCAAGAUGUAAAAUAUCUAACUUUCCCAUAAUAACAAGAAAUAUUUAUGAAUGCAUUUAAAUUACUAUUAAAAAUAAAACAAAGAAAGUAAUAAAUACUUCUCGUAUUUGUUAUUUGCAUACUAUAAGGAACUACUUAUAAAUAUAUGGUAGCUGCAACAAAACAUACCAUAACAAAGAGAAAUUAUAAGAAAAAAACUUGUUUCUGGUGUUUUUUAAUGUUUAGCCAGCUUAUGUGCUUGGUGAUUUGAAUAUUGUCUACUAAAUCUACUUAAUGAAUUUUUCAAUAAAAUAAAACAAAUAUUUUUCAAAUAAUUUCAUAAUAAUUCAAUGCAAUAUAUUAUAAAGAGUUGCAAAUUAUUUAAAAAAUUAAAAAAUACAGUUGAAAAAAAUAUGAUAAAAAGUCAAUCAGCUAAUAAUUUUAAAGGAAUUAAUAGUGUCCAAUUGAGUUCUCAAUGGCAUAGUGCAAUUGGAAUUUUAGGAAAUAUUUAUAAGUAAAAGUUAUAAAUUUUAUAAAGUAAUCUAUAUAUCCUCACAAAAAUACAUUUACAUUUUAUAUAUUUAUUUCUCAUAAAAAAUUGUACUAUGCUAUUGCUUAAUGAAAUUUAUGUUUAUUAUAAUUAAUGGAAAUAAUUAAGCGUUUCAAAAUUUGUUUUCAAUUUAAUAAUGUAUAACAUUGCAUAUAUAAUUCUGAUAUUAAAAGAGUUUUGUUUUUUAUUCACCACAAUUAGUGGUGAUAGUGAUAUUGAUAAAAUAUAUGAAUCUGUACAUAUUCGAUUCAUAUCACCAAGCAAUUAGCCAUAAGCGUCUAUUUAAGUUAGGCGACAUUUCCCUUAAUAGUACAAUUUAUUUGAAUUGGUCAUAUAUAAUAUAUAUGUAUAUACAUAUAUAUAUACAUAUGGACAAUUUCAUUUUACAUAUACAGAAUAAAAUAAAGAUUUGUAACAUAAACAAGAAUAUAAAUCUUUUCAUUUUCAAAUAAAAUGUUCACCAUGUAAAUCAUUGUAGCAUAUUAUUUACCAUCUAUGUCUGCAAUUGAAAAACAUUAUUUUUGACACUUUACUUCUAUCUAAAUAUUUGAAAAUUAUUUAAUAUGUAAUAUAACUAAAUAGAAGCUGUAAAUAAUAUAUUUUGUAUAAAUAUUAGGAGUUUUUAAUUUAUGUGGUUAUUUAGCAGAUUUCUGGUACUUUAAAAAGGUGAUAUAAUUUACCUAGAUGGUGAAUAAUGUGUUAUAAAAAUACAUAAUCGCUGUUUAUAGUUGUUACACGAAGUAGGUGUAUUCUUGAUGUUCUUAAAUACUAAUAAUUAUUUAACGCAAAAACAAAUCAGACGCAUGUUUAUUAUACACCUUCUUAAUGAAAGAAUAUUAUGUUACUCAAUAACAGAAAUUAGUUAAAUUAUCUUUGUCAAAAUUAUAAGUAAUAAGAUAAUUUUGUUUAAUCCAUUGCUUCACUGACGUAGUAAUAUCUGAGAAGUUAAACUUUUCUUCAGUUACAUCCACGUACAUAUAAAAUGUCUGCUAAAUCGUAAUAUAAACAUCAAACAAGUGAUUUCACUUGGAGAAGGUUAUAAAUGUAGAAUACAUUUUGAUAUUAAAUAUUCGAGUUAUCGUACAUUAUUAUGAUAUACAAUGUACAUUGUUUUGAUCUACAAAAUAAUUUGCAAUUGUUAUCAAAAGAUAUUUCAUUAUCAACUUAAAGGAUUGGAACUAAGCGUAUCACUAUGCUCGUACCUAACACCAAAUAAAUUUUAUAUUUAAAGUCGUAUUAAAACGACUUUUUUAAUAAAUAUAAUAAAAAUAGAAUCAUCUUUCUUUUUUAUUAUUGAAUUUUCAUAUUGUUAUUAUUUAAAUAAAUAUAUACAAAUGACGCGUUUAGGUGAACUAAUUUUAUGAACAAAAUCAUGCGUCUUAAACUACAAAACCAAUUAAAAAAUUUAUAAUACAUCUUUUUCGUUUUUUUUUUUUAAGAGUAAUUUUCUCAUCGGUUACAUUACGAUUUAGCGGAAAUUUUGUAUGUACAAAUAAAUUCGUAUCAUAAAUAAAUAAAACGAAUACAUUAAAGUCAAUGUCAAAUUAAAUAUUUGUUAUUUUGCAAACUUAAACGUUAUGUCAAACUAGAGAUCAAAAUGCCAAAUUAGUGUCUUAUUUUUAUAAUACUUUUUUAAUCAUUAUUGUAACAGGUAUAAAAAUUGGUAAGUUGCAAAAAUAUCAGAGUUAAAUAUGAAACUUAGGCAUAACUUCUUAAGUUAUUUUUAAUAUACAACUAACUGCGCCCCACUGUUUCACCCGUGUGAAAUACUAUUCUUAUUCUAUGUCGUUCGCGUUCGACUCGCAAGGGAUGUUCGGCAAUUCACACGCCUAAAAAUUUAAAUUUUUACAGAAAUAUAAUUCAUGAGGACCUAACCAUAGUGUUAUAUUUUACAGUUAAAUAUGUCAUAUUUAAGCAAUAAAACGGAUUUUAACAAUACAAAUGGACAUAAUAACACGUGUAAUGAAAUUUAAAUUUAAUAACUGUUAAAGGCUAAAAGAAAGGUUUGUCACGUGUGUCAAUGCUGGUUGAAAUUAUGUUGUUUCAUAGCAUUUAUGUGUCUGCAUUCGAUAAUGUUGAGUAAUCGAAUACUGAAUUCUAUAGUCACGAUGAUUGGUUGUGUAGGAUAAAGAUGUUUCAAAAAAUUAAAUAAAUAUCAGUAUCAAUAUUGUAGAGUUCAUUUAAAGCAUAGAUGUAAUAAAGUUUCAAAGAAAAGUAUAAUUUACUCAUUUUUUAAAUUUAUGUUUAUGCCGUAAUUAUAAGUGUAAUAUGGAUUAUUUUUAAACUGAGUUAUAAUGAAAAAGUUCUAUUGAAAAUAUUGUUAAGGUCCUUCUAGACGGUCAUAUCUGUUCUCAGUUUAGUUUCAGUUUCCACUAUCGUUUCAUCUCCGUUUCAGUUUUUCUUUCUUUUACGCAUAGGAAAAACUGACAGUUCCAUUGAAACUGAAACUGAACUGAGAACAGAUGUGACUGUCUAAAAGGACCUUUAUUUUAUCAUUCUUGUUCAAUUGAUUGUUCAUCCACGUGUUCGUCCAUGAAUUGGUACUUGAGUCUAUUUCGUUUUCCGUAGCCAAGAUGUUUCAAUUGAUACUUCAUGUUGCCACAACUUUUACAAAUAUUGCGAUUUGUAAUUGAACAUUUAUUUUUAUCAAAAUAAAAUAUAGCCUAUGUUACUCAGGGAUAUCGUAGAAAACAUUUUAAGAAUCGGUUCAGUAGUUCCAGAGAUUACUCGCUACAUAUAAACUAUCUUUCUUUUUUAUAAUAUUGGUAUAGAUUACAAAUGCUUACAAAUGUUUAAUAUUAACACUUUAAAUCCAUUUGUUGUUUUUGCUGUUUGUUACUAGUGUAUUGGAAACGUAAAAUACUUUUUAUAAAAUCUUUGAAGAUGAAUUAAAAACUUUGUAUAUGCUGUAAUUACGCUGUAAAUUAUUUGAUAAUUUCAAGCAUCAGAACCUCUAUUAUUUGUCAUAGAAGCAACGUUUCGACCGUUGUUUUAUUAUAAACAACGAUUAAUACUAAAGCUUCGUCGCUCGAGAUUACUAAAUAAUUUAACAUUGUAUUUUUAAUUAUUUCCUAUACGUACCAUAGUAAACAAAAACAAAAAAUUACUAAGUUAUUUUGUAUAAUUACGAUAUCAAUUUGAAUGCAAUUCUCUAAAUAUCAAAACAUUGAUACUUGAACGUAUAUUGAACUGAGAAAAUCUACAAAACUUACAUUGCUCAGUUAGAAGUUCUUUGUAGUCAUUUUCCGCAAUGCCAAA